AUGCCACACAGCACAAGCCACCGAGACAGCUUGGAGCAGCCCAGGGCAAAAGAAGUAUUUCCAGCUGGGCAGCUAUCUCCCAUCUCCUUCAGGACAAUGAAGCACUCUGGAUUUCCUCUCGGUCUUUUGUGCACCACCCUUCUUCUGUUGCUGGCACAAAGCUGGUCUCUCAGAAGGUGUCUGAUCUCCAUGGAUAUACAUCAUAUAGAAAAGAGCUUCCAGGGAAUAAAAAAUGCAAUUCAAGCAAAGGAUGUCUUUCAGAAUGUUACUAUCCUGUCUGCAUCUGAGACCCUGUACAACAUCACGCCUUCAGAUGUGUGCUGCAUGACCAAAACCCUCCUGAGGUUCUAUGUGGACAGAGGUUUCAGGAACCAUGAGGAGUCAGACCCUAAAAUUCAGAGGGGACUCAGCACCAUCGCAAAUUCUUUCCUCCAAAUUCUCAAUGUCCUGGAACAGUGUCAAAAUCAAAAGAACUGUUAUUGUAGAGAAGAAGUCACCGAGAAGUCUCAACUCAUUGUCAGAAAUUAUGAGCAGAUGGAGGUCAAAGCUGCAGCAAUCAAGUCGCUGGGAGAACUCGACAUUUUCCUAUCCUGGAUCAACCGGAACUUCCGACCUAAGGCUGCUACUACUAAGUGA